AGCGCUAGGAGGGAGAAGCACGUGCUUAACCAAUGGCUUAUUGGAGAAUUCUAUACAGCUCUAUUUCUCAACGUUAACGCGUUGUAUACAAUUUCUCGAACACACGAACGCAUUCAUCCAAAAUGGAGGACGAUCUGGAGACCCAGCAGGAGCUCGAUCCGGAGGACUUGGUAGUUGAAGGCUGCCGAAUGCCAGUCAAGAUGGCCAAUGCAGACGAGUGGCCAUUGGCUGAAAUACUGAGUCGAAAGGAGGUAGAGAAUCGUCCCUUGUUUUAUGUCCACUUCAUUGAUUAUAACAAGCGGCUGGACGAAUGGGUGGAACGAGACCGCCUGGACCUGGACAAGAUGCAGCUGCCCAAGAAGGACGCCAAGACACCGGUCAAAGAAAGCCUCAGUAAAGGAAACUGCUCCUCAAAUUCCAGAGCGUCAUCACCUGAAAGAGACAUGACAAAUGGCGGAGGAGGACUCGGUGCAGUACAGCGCAACAAGUCGGCCAUAGGGCGUAAACGUAAGCUGCCCAUGAAUGAUGCCGGGGCCCCAGCAUCGCAGCAACAGGUGACUGGCAUCCCGGUCAUUGACAACGCUCCCUCGCCAGUCUCCGCCCCGCUGUCGGUUUCCCCAACGCAGCUGUCACAGGGUCAGAGUCUGGUGCCAAGUUUCUCUCAGUCCACGCCGGACUUCUUCUCUCAGACCUCACAGCCAGAGCCGGUGCCGCCCGCCCAUGCCCCUCGCCAGACGGGCAGCAUGGCCACCGACAAGACCCACGACGACAUCAUCACCCGGAUGAAGAACAUCAGCAUGAUUGAGCUGGGCCGUCACCGCAUCCGGCCCUGGUACUUCUCUCCGUACCCCAUCGAGCUGACCGUUCUCCCCAUCAUCUACCUCUGCGAGUUCUGCCUCAAGUACGUCAAGAGCAGAAAGUGCUUGGAGAGGCACAAGGUCAAGUGUAACUUGAGACACCCCCCAGGCAAUGAAAUCUACCGUAAGGGCAAUAUCUCCUUCUUUGAAAUUGACGGCCGGAAAAACAAGUCAUAUUCACAAAAGCUCUGCCUGCUAGCCAAGCUGUUCCUAGACCACAAGACGCUGUACUACGACACGGACCCAUUUCUCUUCUACGUCAUGACGGAGUACGACAACAGGGGCUUCCACAUUGUGGGCUACUUCUCAAAGGAGAAAGAGUCUACCGAGGACUACAACGUAGCUUGCAUCCUGUCAUUACCGCCAUACCAGAGAAAGGGUUUUGGCAAACUGCUUAUUGAAUUCAGCUAUGUCCUAUCACAGUUUGAAGGAAAGACCGGUUCCCCCGAGAAGCCACUGUCUGAUUUGGGGCUUCUGUCGUAUCGGAGCUACUGGUCCCAGACCAUCUUGGAGACCAUCCUCAAACUCCAGAAGUCAGCCGACGGAGAAAGACCUCAGAUCACCAUCAAUGAGAUCUGUGAGACGACCAGCAUCCGCAAGGAGGACGUGAUCUCCACCCUGCAGCACCUGAACCUCAUCAACUACUACAAAGGCCAGUACAUCGUCACACUGUCACCGGAGGUCAUCGAAGGGCAGGAGAAGGCCAUGGUCAAGCGCAAGAUCAGGAUCGAUCCCAAGUGCCUGCACUGGAAUCCCAAGGACUGGUCCAAGCGGGGCAAGUGGUGAAGACUGGCAAGCUCUGCAAGGGCUGGCCCUGGGCCUGACAGAGCUGCUAUGCGCAGAAACAUGCUAGGCUCAGAAAACACUUGUUCAGCAGACAUGGGUUACCAGCCAAUCCAUCACACACUCGGAUGUUUCUUGUAGCUGGUUCCCAGUCGGUCUUUGCUUUGCAGCAUAGCAUAUGUUUGCUAUUAAGCAGAUGAAAUUGGCCCCCAGCCGGUCCCAAGGUCAGCAAGGACUGGCGAUUCCCUGGCGCCUGCGAUGUCCUCGGUUGCUGGUUCUUCCUUCCCACCAUUCUCAUCAGCGGAGCAAAGAUGCGGGCAGGGUGGUAGCUUGCAGUAAAUGUUAGUGUGUGUGUGUGUAAAUAUUGAACUUAACAUCUGUCCUGUGGGGCUGUAUUGAUUCUAUCUAUCUUAGAACAUGAAGGAGGUCACUUGGAACACCACUGAUGACUUUUUAACCAGCUCUCUCCACUCUUCUUGACUCUCCACUGCCUCUGAGAAUCAGCAAACUCCAAACCAGUUCACCCUUUGCGGUGAUCACAUACGCCAGAUCUUCAGAAUCCAAGAAGGGGUGCUUUUUCCUAUGUACCCAAAGGUGUAUUUUCUUUUUUGAUCUUGGAACCGAGGCUAGGCUGAUCGGGGCUUUGGACUUGUCAAGAAAAGAGGGGGUUGUGUGACCUAAAUCAGUGUUGUGGCGGAGACUCCUUAAGACCUUCACAAGACUAACACAAGAUCCCCAGUCUGAAUUCAAGUUGGAAGCCAUUCAGGUGAACUGCAACAAAAACAUUCCUUUGUCAAUGUUCAAGCAGUUACUCUUGGCUGGUCUUGUACCUGGUCUUGUGACGGUCUCAAUUACAACACUGGACCUGAUGCUGGUUCCAACUCUGUACGCAGCAAGAUAUGGGACGGAGGGGUACCCCCCUUACCUGUCCAAUCCCUAGACACACUCUAGAGUAUUGUUACCUAACA